AUGAAUGUUUUUGGAAAGACAUUUAUAGGAGCUUAUCUAGGUCAUAAGGCAACAUCAACUGAAGUUUUAGAGUGGAAAACGUCUAAGAAUAAGAUAUUGAGUAAUAACGAAUCAGAUGAAGAGAAUGAGAUGAGUAAUGAAGCUGUGAAUGAUUAA